AUGGCCGCUGCUCAAGUGAUUUCGAAUUCUGGACACGAUGAUAUGAUUCACGAUGCUGGCCUGGAUUAUUAUGGCCGGCGACUGGCCACAUGCUCGUCCGACAAAACAAUAAAGAUCUUUGAGAUUGAAGGCGAGGCACAUAAGCUAGUCGAGACUCUGAAGGGCCACGAAGGCGCCGUAUGGUGUGUCGAAUGGGCCCACCCCAAGUUCGGAACUAUCCUGGCCUCCUCAUCCUACGAUGGCAAAGUUCUCAUCUGGCGCGAACAACACCAAAACUCCACUGCGCCUGUCGGCAGCGGCGCAUGGACAAAAGUCUUCGAUUUUUCCCUCCACACCGCCUCUGUGAACAUGGUCUCUUGGGCUCCCCAUGAAACAGGGUGUCUGCUUGCCUGUGCUUCCUCUGACGGCCACGUCAGUGUUCUCGAGUUCCGCGACAACAGCUGGACCCAUCAAAUCUUCCAUGCGCACGGCAUGGGUGUCAACUCCAUCAGCUGGGCCCCUGCUGCGGCACCGGGUAGUUUGAUUAGCUCGAACCCCGGCCCUGCUCAGCAGCGGAGGUUUGUUACCGGUGGCAGCGACAACCUACUCAAGAUUUGGGAUUACAGCCCUGAAACAAAGACGUACAACCUUACACAGACAUUGGAAGGACACUCUGACUGGGUCCGAGAUGUCGCUUGGUCCCCUAGCAUUCUUUCCAAGUCCUACAUCGCUUCUGCCUCGCAAGACAAGACCGUCCGGGUUUGGACAGCUGAAGCCUCUAACCCUGACCAGUGGACUAGCCAAGUGCUGGAGUUCGAUACCGUUCUAUGGAGGGUUAGCUGGAGCCCUAGCGGAAACAUUCUUGCCGUGAGCGGAGGAGACAACAAAGUCAGCCUAUGGAAGGAGAACCUAAAGGGACAAUGGGAGAAGGUAAAAGACAUUGAGGAGUAG